CUACAAUUUAAUUUAGUAUAUGUUGUCGAUCUGACAUGUGCUUUUAAUAAUCACUAAACUCCUUGAAUUAAUUUAAACAAUGGGUGGAUCGAGCGACGAUGAAUCACAAACAAACACAGGACCAGUCGACAAUGCCUGGGAAUUAAAAGUGCCAGAAUUUAAACCGGAACACAACCCGCAUGGACUGAUUGAAGAAAGCAGUUUCGCUACACUGUUUCCGCAAUACAGAGAGCAAUAUUUGCGACAGGUUUGGCCGCUUGUACAAAAAGCUUUGGACGAACAUCAUGUUAAGGCGGAAUUGGAUGUUGUAGAGGGAAGUAUGACUGUGAAAACUACGAGAAAAACAUGGGAUCCAUACAUCAUCAUAAAGGCCAGGGAUAUGAUUAAAUUGUUGUCUAGAAGUGUACCUUUUGAACAGGCAAAACGCGUAUUAAAUGAUGAUGUGGGUUGUGAUAUUAUCAAAAUAGGCAAAUUAACUAGAAAUAAAGAAAAGUUUGUUAAGAGGAGACAGAGAAUUAUAGGGCCAAAUGGGUGCACUUUAAAAUCAAUAGAACUGCUAACAAAUUGUUAUGUUUUGGUACAAGGACAAACAGUUUCUGCUUUGGGACCAUAUAGGGGAUUACAGCAAGUAAGGAAAAUUGUAGAGGAUACAAUGAAGAAUAUCCACCCUAUUUAUAAUAUUAAAGCACUUAUGAUUAAAAGGGAACUGGCUAAAGACCCCAAAUUGAAAAAUGAAAAUUGGGAAAGAUUCUUGCCCAAGUUCAUUAACAAGAACAUUAGCAAGAGGAAACAACCCAAAAAGAAGAAGGAUAAAAAAGACUACACACCGUUCCCACCUCAGCAAACUGAGAGUAAAGUUGAUAAAGAAUUGGCAACAGGUGACUAUUUCCUUAAUAAAGAACAAAAGAGGGUUAAGAAACAGAAGGAAAAAGAUGACAAACAUGCUGAGGCAGCCAAGAGAAGGGAGGAAAAGAGAAAUCAAGCAUUUAUUCCGCCAGAGGAGCCCACCACUUCUAAAUCUACUAAAAAUAAUGAUACUAAAGUGGAUAUUGCUGCUCUGAAGGAUAAAAUUAUGAAAGCUAGAAAAGGUGCUAAAGUCUUUAAUAAGAAAUAAAAAUUGUAAUUUAUUGUUGUAAUAAAAUGUUUUAUUAUAAAUAUAAAUGAGAUAAUAAAAAUUUAA